AUGUUCCAGUUGACGGACCUCCCUGAUACUCUCUUCCUUGAGAUCCUCUCCCUCCUCACCCCGCGCGAGAUCGUUCUCCACCGCCUCGUCUCCCAUGCUUCUCACGCGGCUCUUACGAGGCCCGACCUUUCACAGGCCCUCCUCCAUGUCUUCUUCCCCAGGUCGUUAGAAUGCCGACUACUGAGGUUACUGGUCUCGCCACAGAGACGGAAACAACCGCACCCGCCUCAAGAACUCAGAGAGCUGCAAAGAGACGCAUUGCCGACAAAAGCAGCCGAGGCCGAAGCGGAACCGGACUGGCCCGCCCUCUUCGCAUACGUAGCCCGGCGCUACCAUAACCUCUCAAGGGCGACGUUCCACUCCCUCACAAAAAUCCCCAUCCUGAAGCCGUCGGCUCCCCUCCGCCGCUUCGAGCCUUGGGCCCGCCAGCUCUGCGUUGACGUUCACUUGGCGCCCCUCAAGCUCGCGGACCCGAACUGGACGUACGCCGACGGGGUGCUGGUAUACCCGGCCCCCUCCUCAUCUUUCUCUGCCGGAUCCCCCAGGCCUCAUUCUCGGGCCCCGUCUUCUUCGUCUUCCACGCACUCCUCCACGUUUCCUCCGUCUUCUGUAGAACCCCCCGUCUUGAAGGCUUUGGACUUGAGCUCGGGCGGCGAGUCAACAGUCCCCUUUGACUGGACCGACAAAGUCGUCCGACGCAUGCGUCUUGUGGAGGGGAUCCUCAUUGUUGAAUGGGCCGAGGCGCGGGGCUUUCACCCGCUCAACGAGGGCGAGGUUGCACAUCGGCACUUCGCCACGGCGUUUGACGUGCGAGUCGUCUCCUCGCCCCUCCAUCCUCUUCGCCCAUCAGAGAACAAGCCACAAACAAACCGGGAUGUAAGCAGAGGAUCAGCAGUGCCGGACGAUGAAGAAGACGAAGCAACCCGUAUCAAGGCCCCCGUGGUGACAUUCCGCUCAGAAUGGAAGAUCCACUACCUAGGCCUCCCCAUCCUCACCCAAGACCGUAUCUUCUCAACCCACAACGCAACACACUACGCCCUCUUCGCCCACCAACCCACCCGCUCCCCCUGGGGCGAAGACAUCCCUCUGGAACGCCUCGUCGUGUGGUCUCUCAACGGGCCCUCGCCGUACAAACCCAGCCUCGACCCCUCGUCCUCGAACAGGCCGCCUUCCGACCCGGGCCCCGACGUCGUCCUCCGCCUCACCAACCGCGAGCUAGACCACUGGGACGUGAGGCAGCUCAACACGCCGCGGCUGAUGAGGCUCGCUCUCGACACCGUCGAGCACGGCGAUGAAGAAACGAGGAGAGUAAGCGGCCACAUCUUCAUCCAGGAAGAAGACCACCUCUGGUCCUCGGGCCCGCACGCCUCCGAGAACCCUCCGGCGCGGCACACGGUGCGCAGCGUCGGGAUUCCGCUCUCCGGAACCGGGCCGCGGUGGGUCCACGAGUGCGGCGCCGACGGCGACGCCGAAAGGUCCUUUUGCCCCGCCGCCCGGUCGCGGCCCUGCUCCACGGCGGAAACGACGUGGCCCGGAAAGGCGCCUUGCUGGCGCCACGAGGAGUUCCCUUACCUCACCGUCGCCGAGUUCGUCGACGCCGGUGCGGGAGUCAGGGUCUGCGGGAGGCGGUGCUUCACGAUGGAGACCGUCAGCGUCAGUGUGAACGGUAGCCACGGGAGAGGCCACCAGGGCGACGGGGAGACCUCUAGGGACACGACUGGCGCCGGCGCGGUAUCCGCAGAUAAACCCGACGCGGCCGCCGAGACGGCGGUGCGCAAGGAGGUGCAGUUCGAGGACGACAUGUGGAAGACGCUCAUGAAGGGUGCUGCGCUGGCGGGCGACGAGAGGUGGGUUAUCGGAGAGGAUGCUACAGGGGACGUGAGCGUGGUUCGAUUCUGA